AUGUGUACUCGAAGGUCCAAGAGCAUUGAUCUAGCUUUCUACGAUCCUGAGGUUGAACAAACAUUUCGAAAGCUUCAAGGAACAAUCAAGCAGAAGCGUGCAUCGGUGUCUUUACCACCAUCUUCUCCACCACAUUUGAGUUCGGAAGAGGAGGAAGAACCACAAGAAGGCAUGGCUGAUAACCGGACUUUGAGGGAGUUGGCAACGCCUAAUACGGAUCAACAACCAUUGUGCAUCACAUAUCCAAAUGCAGAAGGAGGAUUUGAGCUUAAGUCCGGCAUGAUUCACUAUUUGCCUAAGUUCCAUGGCUUCUCAACAGAGGAUGCCAACAAGCAUCUCAUGGAGUUUCAUGUGGUAUGCUCGGGAAUGAGACCAGCCAAUGUGGAUGAGGAGCAAGUCAAGUUGAGGGCAUUCCCAUUUACAUUAGAAGCUAAGGCAAAGGAGUGGCUUUACAAUUUACCUCCGGGAUCAAUGAACACAUGGAACCAGGUGAAGCAAGCAUUCUUGGAGCAAUAUUUUCCGGCCACAAAAGCUGCAAGCAUAAGGAAAGACAUAUGUGCAAUCCGACAACAACAUGGAGAGCCCUUUGGAGAUUACUAUGAGCGAUUCACACAUUUGGUUGCAUCUUGUCCUAAUCAUCAAAUUUCAGAGCAUCUUUUAAUACAAUAUUUUUAUGAAGGAUUGUGUGGUACUGAUCGUGUAAUGCUUGAUGCAGCAAGUGGAGGAGCAUUCAUGGACAAGACACCAACAAAUGCUAAGGCAUUAUUAAAGAACAUUGCUGGCAACACACGACAAUUUGGAGGGAGAGAUGAGCUACCUCUUAAGAAAGUUAACGAGGUUAUGGUGGCUCCAAAACAGGUGUGCGGUGUUUGUUCAAUGAUGGGACAUGCCACGGAUAUGUGCCCUUCGUUAUUGGAUCAAGGUGGUCUUGAGCAAGCUAAUGCGUUAGGAGGGUUUCAGGGGCAACAAAGACAAAAGUAUGAUCCAUACUCCAACAACUAUAACGCAGGGUGGCGCGAUCAUCCACACUUAAAGUGGAACAAUCAAGACAACAGACAACAAUCUGUUCCCAACAACUACAACCGUCCACCUGGCUUCUUUCAAGCAAGACCACAGGCACCAUUUCAGCCUCAACAACAACAAGCUCCAAAAAACAGACAAAGCAAUUGA